CCCCGCGCUCACUCUCCCAAGGACCAGCCUGCUUCUCCCCGCUUGGGUUAAAGGUGAUUGAUUAUCGCCGAGUUGCAGGGCCAUCCAUCCUUCUCGCGCCGCAGCAAUGGCCUCCAGCGAUGAACUGGCGUGUGUGUAUGCCUCCCUCAUCCUGAUGGACGACGAGGUGCCCAUCACGGCUGAGAAGAUCUCCACCAUCCUGAAGGCAGCCAACGUGUCUGUCGAGCCAUACUGGCCCGGCAUGUUCGCCAAGGCGGCGGCCGGCCUGGACCUCAAGGCCAUGGUCAGCAACGUGGGGUCCGGCGUUGGCACUGGUGGUGGUGGUGGUGGUGGUGCUGCCGCUCCUGCCGCUGCCGCUGCUGCAGCCCCAGCCGCUGAAGCCAAGAAGGAAGAGAAGGAAGAAUCAGAAGAGUCCGAUGACGACAUGGGCUUCAGUCUGUUCGGUUAGAUGGCAACACACUCCAAUCCCAGCUCUACCUGACCAAAUAAAGCUGCGAUGGUUUUU